AAACAAACUGGUGGUGUAUGAAACAUUUUAAAUUUCUUACUGGUUUUUCUGUAAUGUCUGUGUAUGAAUAAUUUACAAAGGUAUACCUAGAAAAGUCUUUGACCUAAAAUUUGUCUGAAAAACUGUAUAUAUAUAUUUGUGUGUGUUUAUGUGUGUAUGAAAACUUAAGAACAUUGACAAUAACAUGAUCUUUUUUGUUUUUUCAUGCAAACUAGCAAAUUAUACAAAAUAUGACAAAAAUUCCUCAGAAUUAUGGAGCCAAAUGUAUUUCAUUCAUGUAUUUUGUAUUUCAUUUGUAGAAUUUAUGAUGUCUAUUUAUAAUUAUUAAGAAGUAACAGCUUAUCCCAGUAAAAAUAUUGCUCUUUUUUAUUGUUAUUUGAAACACACAAAUAUACCAUAUUGUGCUUAGAAUUCAUUGUUUGAACCUCUAACUUAUUGGAUGGUAAAGUCAUUCAAUUCUAAAUCAAUAAUGAGGAUGUAUCUUCGGGGUUUUACUCCAUUAUGAAUUCCUAUUUUAUGUUUAGUAAAAAGCAAACAGAAUUAUUGUUAGAAAACAAUGCACACAAUAGAAUUUGAGUGACAAGCAUCUGCACAGUAAAUUUCAUCUAUAUCUACCAUAAGCAGUACUGAGGAAUAUUAGAUUUCAUACAAAUAUGUGAAUAGCUUAGAAAAAAUCUCUUCUGUAAUAAAGGGAUGAAAAACCAUGAUCAUGAUCUCGAUUGCUGUUAUCAGUUUCCAUAUGCAGUUAGAAACGUCAUUUCUUCCAGACAUUUUAAUUCUUUGAAUUAAAGAAAAUUUUGAAUUAAAGAAAAGCUGUUUUUGAAGUGGAGAUCUGAUGUAAAUUAUGUUAGUAUUUUUUCUAAAGCACUUUUAAGCCCCUGAAUUGCUAAUUGUAUCCUCAUCUUCUAUUUAUAAAAUUCCUUGUAAACUUCAGAUAAGAGAACUCAAAUCUUCUCUUUUCUAAAAAAAACCUAUGCAAAAAUAGUAUAGAAAUUAUGGAAAAUAAUUCAGUGAAACUUUUUCUAAACGUUAAAAUAGUAUCUAUGAAAUCUAUGUAUUAAUUAUGGGAAAUGCCUUAAUGUUGUAAUUUUGUUGUCAACGAUGAAAUGAAAGUGUGUUGACAUAUUCAUUAAUAGGAAGUUCUAUUAUAAGAAAGAAAUGUACAGUCUUGUUCACAGCUAAAUUCUACCUGACUGUAUUAAUUCUUGGUGUUAUGAAAUUUAAACAAUGUGAUUUAAACCUUAAGAUAAAUCAUCCCCAUACCUGAUUUAUGUAUUUUUUAAUCACAUAUCUUCCUCAGUACAAUGUAAAAACUGUAAAAAAAGAGAUCAUGUUUGUCUUGCUUUCUGUUGACUCCCAGGAACUAGAACCCAGCACAAAGAAUAGAAGGUCAAAAAUGAUACUUUAAUGAAUGAAUAAAUGGGUGGAUAAAAUGGAUAAGCUGAUGUGGUAAACCAAUGAAAAGGAAACUCAUCACAAAAUCUGCAGUUGCAUGAAUCCCCCCUUUCUGGUCUCGGGUUAAGGCUAUAGGCUUAUCCAAGCAGAAUCCUUCCUCAGAGGAAAAGUUUGGCUAUUCCACAAUUUUAGGGGAAAUAUCACAAUAAUAUUGUCUUGAUGCAGCUGUAUCAGAUGUCUGAGUUGGAGACAAGGUAGAACAUCAAAAUUAGAUGGCACCUAAUACAAUAUUUGUAAAAAACAUAUAAACGACUUUGUCUUUUUGAAUAUGUAUUUUUUUAUUGUGAAUUAUACAUUUGUAUUAUGAUAUUUUCUAAUUGAUUAUUACAAAAAAAGGCAUUUCAUUUAAAAAAAUUGAGUUAGUAACCAGCUACUUUACCAAAAUGUUUUUAAUGUAAUACCUGUUAUUAAAGUGAUAACAUUUAUUUAGAAGUCAAGUUCAAGACAAAAAUGGCAAGGACAUGUGGAAAUUGAGACAGAAACAAAGGUGAAACAAUGUGUGGUGAUGUCUGGUAUCUCUCUGCUGGCAGCCACUUCACAGUGAGGUGUGAGAGACAGCAUGGUGGUCAUCAGAUGUGUACACUUGGCUCCCAGCACUUUUCUAGAAGGGCUACAAGGGGACACCACAGUCAGCAUUUGUCCAUGGAGGAGAGAGAGAAGGGAGAAUGUAUCUGCUCAGCUGUCAUUUGACUUCUGUUUCCUAUUGGUCAGGGUUUACCUGAGGCAGAACUACCAUCUCUGUUGUUCUGUGUUAUAUCAUCUAGUCCCUUGGUGGAGGUUAUGGAAGUCAGACCUUAUGCCUACAGUGUGGUGACACAUUCAAGUCCCAAAUGGAAGGAUGAUCUGGAUCAGGCAAGGUGCUGGCCAAUGGAAUCGGAGAUAGUGAAGGGAAUCUAAGAAAGCGCAUGUUUGUGUCCAAUACCACCACGCCUUGUGCCACUGAGACAUGCUUAUGCCCUCCAUUCAUGGCUGGCUUUAUGAGCAUAUGACUUGCACGGUUGCAUAGGGUUUUGUGCUUAUAGGGGUUUGUGCUUAGAGGGACUCUAUGCUUGGAUUAAUGUUCUGCACUUCCUGUUUUGUUUGUCAGACAGAGGAUACUCCUCUGCUGAAGAGGGAAUGGUCUUGCACUAAUCCCAUAGGGGUUUUCUCUCCUGUCUCCUACAGGCUUGUCAGUGACAUGCACAGAGUCCUAUAAUGCCCACUAUGUAUGCUUCUAGCAUCUUUGAAUCCUGCUGGAUCAUCUGGCACAGUGGCCAGAGCAGCUUGGACCGUAGUCUAUAUCUUCUGUAGAGCCCUUUUUUGUGCUAGCUUCCACUUGAGACCGGUAGCCUUUGGAAACUUCGUUAAUGAGUCAGAGCAAUAUUCUCAAAUGUGGAAUAUGUUGUCUCCAAAAUCCCAAUAGGCCUCCAAAACAUAGUGUCUCUUUUGUAGUGAUAGGAAAUAUAUAGAGAAAGCAACACACCGUUUACUUUAAAAAAGAUUUUUUCAACAUGUGGUCUAGGGACACUGAAUGCAUUAAAACAUCACCUAUGCUGUAGGUCCCUGAAUCUUCUCAGGUUUAUUUCUUUUCUUCUGGUAUUUUACUUCCAUUCACCAUUAGAGUAUUUUACUAUAUUUAAGAAACUUGCCACUUCCUGAUUAUUGUGCCAACUACUAUAUUAUUAUUAUUAUUAUUGCUAUUAUUUUGAGACAGGGUCUCAUUCUGUCCUUGAGGCUGGAGUGCAGUGGCAGGAUCACAGCUCAUUACAGCCUCAACCUCUGGGCUCAAGUGAUUCUCCCACCUUGGCAUUGCUAACAGCUGGGACUGCAGGGGCACACCACGAUGCCUGACUAAUUUUUGUAUUUUCUGAAGGACUAGGAUUUCAUCAUGUUUCUCAGGCUGGUCUCAAACUCCUGGGCUUAAGUGAUCUUCCUGUGUCAGCCUCCUAAAUUGAUGGGAUUACAGUCAUAUGCCACAGGGCCCGAUCUGUAAUAUUAUUAAUAUGUUAAAUAAGCAUGAUGUUUUUUAAAAAUGUAAAUUAAACAGAGAACAGAAGUGACAUAGCCAUGAUAUAAAACUGUGAUGCAGUGUUAUUAUUCUUACAAUACAAGGUGAACUGUUUUGAUUUUUCCUCAUAAUGGGUGUAGAUUAAGAACCAUUAACCAAAUCAUGAGCCCACUAAAAAGUACCAGAAGCUCUGCUCUGCUCAGUGAAGACAGCACAUCCUGGAAAGCAUUUGUGAGUCUUGAUUUAGGUUUAUGGUAAUCUGCAUUCAUUCUAUAACCCGUCUGGUUUUGGUACAGGCCAGAUAGGUUUAGUGAAUCGGGUUAUAGAAAGGACUACCAUCCCCUGUAACUUUCAAGUGUUUUGUCAUGGCAGUGACCAGUUCCAUUCCUUAGAGAAUGAGGUUAUUAUAUUUUAUACAUUGUGUUGCCAGUAGAGGAGAAUUUCAGAGCCUUCCCUUUGGUCUUGCUAUAAUAAUGUCCCUUACUCCACAGUUCAGGAAGAAUGUGAGAAUCCUGCCAGCUGCCAUACAUAUCCAUUUCAAUUACAUAUUCAGGAAGAGGUAAUAGCCACAAACUGAUUAGCUCCACCUUGGGAUGGACAUGAGCCAAACUCUAGGUAGCAUCUGACCUUCAAGCACUCCCACUGCAGGCUGGAUGUGAUGGCUCAUGCCUGUAGUCCUACUAAUUUGGGAAGCCAAGGUGGGAGGAUCCCUUGAGAGCAGGAGUUCCCUUUGCAACAUAUGGGAACUCCAUCUCUACAAAAAGUUUUAAUUUAGCUGGUGUGGUGUUGCAUGCCUAUAGUUCCAAAUACUUGGGAAGCUGACGCAGGAGGAUUGCUUGAGCCCAGGGAUUCAAGCUGCAGUGGGCUAGGAUCCUGCUACUGUACUCUAGUUGGAUAACAGAGGGAAACUCUGUCUCAGAAGAAAAAAGUAUAAGUUCUCACUGGUAUCUUAAAUAUCAAGUAAAACAGUAGCAAAUCAAUAAUUAACAAUGUUUGUUUCCUGCCUAUAGCAAACAGGUAAAAUUGAAAGUAGUUAUACAAAUAGUAUAUUAACUCCUAACAAAAUUAACCAAAGACAGUUGUAUUUUCAUCUCCUUUUGUUGUUGUUGUUGUUGUUUUUGAGAUGGAGUCUUGCUCUGUCUCCCUGCUGGAGUGGAGUGGCGUGGCGUGAUCUCAACUAACUACAACCUCUGCCUCCUGGGUUCCAAUGAUUAUCCUGCCGCAGCCACCUGAGUAGCUGGGAUUCUAGGCGUGCACCACCACACCUGGAUAAUUUUUGUAUUUUUAAUGGAGACAGGGUUUCGCCGUGUUGGCCAUGCUAGUUUUGAUCUCCUGAACUCAGGUGAUCCACCUGCCUCGGCCUCCCAAAGUGGUGGGAUUACAGACCUGAGCCACCGUGCCUAGACUGUCAUCUGCUUUUUAUAGGUAAUUAUACUGAUGCAGGCAGUAGUUGUAAAAUGGAGUCUCAGAUCAUAGAUAUAUGAAGCAGGGAAUCUGCUUUCCUGUCUUGGCAGUCUGACUUCAAGAUCCUCUCUUAGAAACCAUUAUAGUGUAAAAACUGAAAAGAAAUAAAAUCCAAGAUUGGAGACUGAUUUUAACAUCUAUUCAUUUUAAACCAUUUAGUAACCAAAAAUAAAUUAAAUAGGGAAAAAUAAACCUGAAUAUUCAUACACAGAGAAGUGUAGACUCUUCAAUGGAAAACACUUUUUUAAGAAUCCAAGGAAAGUUAUAAAAUUUCUGAGUAUUUUAAUUAAAUAACUAAGAUUUAAGUAUUAGACACAAGAGAAUAACUUAGUCAAAGGCCUAAGCCUGAGACAUUAAGUUUGAUAAACAUUGAAAAUGCACUGAAAAACACGAGUAAGAAAAUUAAUUUUUCAUUUUAGAAAUUAUAGGACAAUAAUUUUUCCCAACCACAAGGGGUAUGUAAGUGUGUGUGUGUGUGAACGUGUUUAUGUUAAUGAGCUUGUUAACAUUAAGUUAUACAAAAAUAUUAGUUAGCAACAACCAGAUUUUAAGGAAUAUUGGCCUUCCUGGGCUUCCUAAGAAAACCUUGGAUGCUUUUGAUAGGAAAAGUUGGGAUUCACUCUCCAUAAAUCUGGCAUUGAAAAAAUGAAUCAACAGUGGUCAUGAUUCUAGUUUUGACCAAGCUACAUAUAACAGUUCAGGCAUCCAAUGUAUGAUUUAUGUAUCAGUUUGGAAAAUUUCCCUAACAACUGACAUUGCUGAACAGAAAUUAUGGAGAGGUUAAACAGGAAAAAAAUUGCAAAAUGAUGAAUAAGAAUAUGACUUGAUUUGUAUGCCAGGAAUUGAGAAUUCAGCUUUCACUUCAACAUCAGUAUGAAACAUUUUAUAACAAGGACUUAGUGUUUGAAUAUGAGUCAGUUUGAGCUGUUUUGGAAAUUAUCAUGUUUUCUAUUAAGUCAGCCUUGAACUCAUUCAAUAGCAUGCCCCAGUGCUUUCCAUUUUGACAUACGUCAGAGAAUUUAAAAGGAACCAGAACAUUACUGCACCAUCAGAAAUCAGGUGCACAUAGAAAUUAAGCUCAGGACCUUAAAGGGAAUCUUGUCCAUUGAUAUUAGGCCUGCCUUUAAAAAAUUCAGACAUGGUUUGUUCACUACUAACCAUUUUUCCCAUAACAGUAAUGGUAGAAUUUGUAUUUUCCCAUGGGCACCUUCAUUGUACUUAAAGACUGUUUUCAUAUUUCAACAUAUUAUUUUCUUUGAGUCCCUUUAAGGAGUUGUUAAACAAUGCUGAAAUUUGCCUUACAGUACGCUGUUAACUACUCAUAUUUCUCAAAGUCAUUUGAUGUAAUGAUUGGUUAAAGGAAAUAUGUCUAGCAUAAUUAUAAUUGUUCAUAACAAAACAGUAUUUAAAACUUGAAGAAAAAAUAUUAGGAAGAGUAAUAAAGAAUAUGAAUAAGGGUUGGACAUGGUGGCUGAUAGCUGUAAUCCCAGCACUUUGGGAGGCCGAGGUGGGUGGAUCAUGAGAUCAGGACAUCAAGACCAUGCUGGCUAACAUGGUGAAACCAUGUCUCUACAAAAAAUACAAAAAAAAAAAAAAUUAGCUGGGUGUGAUGGCAGGCCCCUGUAAUCCCAAGUAGUCAGGAGGCUGACGCAGGAGAAUGGCGUGAUUCUGGGAGGCAGAGCUUGCAGUGAGCCAAGAUCGUGCCACUGCACUCCAGCCUGGGUAACAGAGCAAGACUCUGUCUCCACAAAAAAAAAAAAAGAAAAGAAAAGAAAAAAGAAUAUGAAUAAAUAAAUAAAUAAAUAAAUAAAUAAAAUAUGUAACUCAUUAUUAAUAAAUGUGCAUGAAGUCAUGGUCAUGGAAUUUAAAAAGAGUAACAAUUUUUGAAUUAAGAAUACAUUCUGAAACAUUAUAGAAAAAGGCUUAUAAAAUGUUAGGUUUAAUAAUGUUUCAUAUAAAUAUUAAAGUGUAAAAAUUAUUCUAAUGUUACUUAUUUUGGAAAGUGUAUGAAGUAAUGGGAAUGUUCAUACACUGCUCCUAGAAUUGUAAAUCACAGCAGUUAGUUUGUCUGAGUACAGCAUUAUCUGAUUAAGAUGAUGGAUCACAUCUGAAGACCCAGUAUUUGCACCCUUAUCAGAAUACAUAUAGACACACAUGCGUAUCACUGAGUUUUAAUAGCUAAGUUGAGAAGUCUAUCAAAUGUCCAUCAGUGAUAAAAUGGAUAAGUAAAUUAUGGCAUACUUGUACAAUAGAAUACUAUACAGCAAUGAAAAUGAACUGUUGGAAACAAGUGCCCAGAGUAGACAAAAGAAACCAACACUUUGACAGAAAAUUUCUCAGCAAGGCACCUUUACUUUGGCAGAAGGGUGCUGCUUGUGCCUGUUACAAUCCCAAGAGCACACCAAACAAAUGAGGGAAGGAGUUUUCAAACCUAACACAGUUCCUGUUUCUGUGUCCUUCUCCUAUUGGCUGGGGUUGGACCAUGCUAUCUAAACUGAUCCUGAUUGGCUAAGACUUAAACUUUUCCAAAUAGGGUAAAUGCAGGAUAUGCAAAAAGAAGGAAGGGUGUGAGGUAGGGUUGAUUUACAGCAUUUGCAACUUUUGGCCAGAAGGUUGAGUCUUUGAAAGAAAUUUAAUUGUCCCAACAGAACCAACUAGAGCAACAUGUUUACAAAGAACAUAAAUAAAAAGGAAAGUGAACAAAUUUGAACUUCAUAGAUAUGAGAGGAAUUAUUAGGCUUGAAAAAUGAUUCAGUAUAAUUCCAUUUAUAUAAAGUUUACAAAAAUACAUUUUUAAUAAAUUGAAAUUUAUUAAACUGGUGGUGAAAUUCUAAAGUGAGACACAUGAAUGAUUGUCAUAACAAUUGGGAUGGUAGGGAUGGAGGAAACAAAAGGGAAAUGUUAUCAACAAGAAGGCGUAUAUGGAGAGUGUCUGGAUUGCUGGUGAAUUCUACUUUAUGACCAUCAUGUGGAAUCAUGACUCUUAAUGCUAUAAGUUUUUUCUUUACUGUACAUUUAGACCUUAUUACUUUAUAUAUAUAUGUAUGUUAUGUUUCACAAUAAUGAAAAUAUUUAAAAAGUAGAAACAUAUACUAAAUGAAAGAAUAUAAAAUAGGCUGAAAAAACAUUCUUAUAAACAUCAUUGUACUUAAAGUUUUUGCUGAAUAAAGAAGAAUAGAGCAUUAUGAUAGUAAGAAAUCCAAGAUAAAAUUUUAAACUUUUCUUUAAAUUAAUUUAAAAAAGGAAGAGAUAAGCAGGAAGUCUACCUCCACAUUCUUAAUGUUAUUCUUACUUUGAAACAUCAGAUUUUGAGCAUCUGUAUUUUGCUAGACACCUUUUUUCUUCUUUCCAAUUUAAUUAUUUACAACAUUUCAAAGUGGCAGAAAUUAGUGAAUUUCCAAUAAAUUAUAGUUAUACAGACAUUAAAUAUACAUGACAAUUUUUCUAAAUUUAUCCCUAAAUAAAAUAAUUAUACACAUUUUUUACCAUUCAAAGAUUUUAAUACCAUGCAUGUGUACACGUGUGUGAAAAAAAAUUUUUAUAUUACAAAUUUUUUGAAUAUUCAAGAAAAAUUCAUAGAAAGAUAAUUUUGUUAAGCCUUAAAACAUAUGUAGUGUAACUACUUUGACUGCUAUAAUAAAAUCACCCAGAUUUUGUGACCAUAGCUGAGAAUGAAAAUAAGCAGUUGAGAGAAUUUAACUUUAGUGAUGCUAUUAAAAGAUGAAAUGAAGCUUAUACACUUUAUAAUUGCGCAGAGUAUUUGUGUAACUUCAUAUGAAAGUGGAACAAAAAUAAAGAGCCAAAAUGACAGUAUUCUUUGCUGGAGGUCACUUUUGGCAUAAUUUUUAGAAUGCAAUAGAAGAAAAAAAUAGCAAGUAAAUCACUGGAAAUAUGUUGGUUUUAUGUUAUUCUUGAUGAAAUGCUAGUUGAGGGUAUUUGUCUAGGCCUGAUUCUGAGAAUAAUAUAGAAUUCUGAGAAUAAUCAUGCCAGGCAAAGUGGCUCAUGUCUGUAAUCCCAGUACUCUAGGAGGCCAAGGCUGGCCAAUCGCCUGAGGUCAAGAGUUCCAGAACAGCCUGGCCAACAUAAUGAAACCCCAUCUCUACAAAAAAUACAAAAAAAUUGCUGGGUGUGGUGGCAGCCACCUGUAAUCUCAGGUACUUGGGAGGCUGAGGCAGGAGAAUCGAUUAACCAGGGAGGCAGGUGUUGCAGUGAGCCAAGAUUGUGCCAUUGUACUCCAGACUGGGUGGCGAGAUACAUUUCAUCUCAAAAAAAAAAAAAAAACUGUGAAUCUAUGAGGAAGAAUAAUAGUGUUCUCCCACCACCCUUAACUCUAGUGCUUUGAAAAGAAGACCAAAAUCACAUUUAUUAAAUAACAUUCUACCUUUUAGCUGACAUCAUCAUUAUUAUGAUCGUCUACAUUUACAUCUGUCUUAUUAAAUGAUUUAUUUUUGAAAUAUUUACAUACAUAAUUUGGUUAAUGUCUACAUAAUUUCUAAGAGAUAUCAUUGUAGGAAAGUCAUAUUAGUAAACAGCAAAGUUCAAGUCAGGCUGAAUACAUUUAGAUUUAGAAAGUUAAGUGUAGUGUAGUUUAAAAUACAAUGCUUAAAGAAACAAUUAUAGAUGAUAUUAAACUAAUCCAAGUAACACUAUAAAAAGAUUUUGAUUUUAGUAUAAAUAAAAUUGCUUAAUAGGAAAAAUAAAUAAACCAUUUCAUGAUCAAGCUCUUAUUUACAAAGUAAGGAUGUUAGGGCUAAAUAAAUCAAAGAGGAGUAAGCCCUCCCCCAUAUCUUCUCUAUUUCAUUUAGGUAAUGAUGAAAUUUAAAGGCACAGAGCCCCAUUUCUACAACAUAAGCAAAAUGAAAAUUAAUUCACUGAAUACAACAAUGUAGCUGUGGUUGGUGAAAUAUAUUUUAUCUAUUGCAAUGAUAUUUUGAGAUGUAGUUCUGCUCAUUGAGUUUGCCUGUUAGCAGAGUUUGUGGUGAUGACUGAGCAACACACAAGCUAAUAUCCAAAAAAAGCUACUCACGUCAACUUAAUUUCUAGUUUCUUUCAAAUUGAAGGUAAAUUCCAGAACAAAGCUUUUAUUCUAUUCUCUCAGCAAAGUAUUGGGAAACGAAGAAAACCACUACCAUUUUCUUUUCUAACAUACUAAAACAAAAAGCAAAAAAACCCAAAAGUCAAAAACACUUUUAAAAAGAACAUGGUGUUAACAGUAGUUUGUUCAGUUUCUCCCUAGAAAAUGAUUUAUGGAAGGAGAAUAAAAGAUUAUUCUGAACACUAAAAGAAUAAGACUGAAAAAAAUGAAUUAUCAAUAUUGAGAAUCCAAUAGACAGAGUUAACCAGUUAGAUGCAGUAGAAGAGAGAAUAAGUGAAUUGGAAGAUAGCUACACAGAAUGAAGCACAGAGAGAAAGAGAUGGAAAUAUAGAAAGCUAGAGGGUAACACAUUGAGGCUACAGUCACAACACCUAACAUACUUCUGGAGUUCUGUAAGAUUAGAGGAGAGAAAAUAGAGCAAAGAAAUGUUGCAAGUUUUCCAAAAGUGAUAAAAUGUAUGCCUCCAUAUAUUUUUUGUAAUUUCAAACUUCAGGCAUGAUGACUUAAACCAAACUAACAUAAAAUAAUACAGGACAUGGAAGACCAAUAGAAAAUCUGAAAAGUAGCUAGAGGUUGAAGAUAGAGUAUGUUGAAAAGAACUGCAUUCUAAAUACAACCUGAUUUUAACAGAAAAUAUGGAAGCAGGAAUGCAAUAGAAUCUUGGGACUCAUGUCUUCAGUGUGUUUCCAAAGAGUAGUAGACCUUCAAAGACAGGAAUUGAAAAUGAUAUUUUUCAGAUAAAAUAAAAUUACAGAAAAUACAAAGUUGAACUUGCAAGGAGCAAUAAAAAUUAAUGACAAAAAUAAGUGUGUAAUUCUAAAUAAAUGUUGACUGUAUAAAACAAUAGUAUCUUCUUGGAUUGAAUCUAUAAUUAAUAAGAUAUAUGCAAACAGCAAUAAAGAGACUGGAGAUAAAGGUGACAGGAAUAAAUUUAGUCAAACUAUGUUUUUGGCUUUUUUAUGUCUGUGAGGAGAAUGUGAAUGUUAAUCAAGGACCGUGUAAUUUCACACCCAGGUAUACAUAUGCAUAAGAAUUAUAGCAAAUGAUAUGUGAAAGAAUGCUCAUUGUAGCAUUAUUCAUAAUAGCUCAAAAAUAAGCUGCCCAAAUAUAUGUCAAAUAAGGACGGAUAAAUAAUUACAGUAAAAUCAUAAAAUGAAAAAUUAUACAGAAGUGAAAAGAAAUGGAUCACAUGCACAUGCAACUAUGGGGUUAAAUUUCGUAUACAUAAUAUUGAUUCCAGGAAGCCAUGAAUAAGAACAUGUAGGAUUGCACCUAUUAACAGCUCAAAGUGGGCCAAACAAAGCUAUUGAGUUUAGGGUUGCAUACCUUGUUGGUAAAGUAUAAAGAAAAUUUUAAAAAAAAAUCAUAAAUGAUGGAUGUUGCUUAUCACAGGAGAUAUGAAGAAAGGUGUAGGGGAAUGGAAAGUGGCACUGAGGUAAACCUAGACUCUUAGCAGUGUUCCAUGUCUUGCCCUACAUGAUGGUUACAUGACGCAUGAUGGUUUAUGACACAUUGCUAUGUUUUCCAUUUUUGUUUUGGCUCAUUUCUAAGUGUGCAGUCUAGUUAUAAUAUAAAAAUUAUUAAUCAGCAGAAAGUUUCCAUGAAAAUUAUUAUUACUCUGUUCAUUAUAUACUGAAGGGAAAAAUCCACUAUUUUUAUACAUUUAUGUAUAACUCUAAGAGAUUUUAAGUAGAAACUUUCUGAUUUUAGUUGCAACUUUCUGAAACUUGACAUGAUGUUACCUGCCAAUCCCAGAUUUUUCAGUAGGUUUUUCUUUUAGGUUUAAUUAUCCACUUCAUGUGACAAAACUUUGACAUUCUCUAUAUAUUUUUCCCUUGAAUCCUGAAUUCCUGACACAACAAGAGUGGACAUGUUUCCCACACUCUUAGUUUAGCAGAGUGCCUAUAUCAGUUAGGUUUUUCUGCAAGAGAAAAUCCUCCAAAACUGCUUUAGAUAUUUGUGUCUCGUAUGUCUUUGGAUUUCAUUUUUCUAAGCUAGGUUUGGUGGAUGGCUCUGGUGACUGGAGAUGGGCCAUGUACUGCAUCUUGAAGCUAGUUUGGCUGAUUUAGGCCAGAUAAGGCAGUAGCAUUCUGACUCCAUUAGUUUCUCAUUCUUUUUCUGGGAAUAGUGUACUGGCCAGAUGAUGUCCUCAUGGUAAAUGGAAAAGAGCAAGAAACUCCAAUAUGGAAGCCGUCUUAAAUCUCUGUGUAAAGUCUACUAAUUUGCUGUUGACUGAAGCAAAUUACAUGAGUGAAUUCAGAGUCCAUGGUCAAGGUAGUCUCCCUGCCUGUGGUGGGAGGAUACUGCAGGAUUAUAUGAAAAAGUGUAGAGUACUUUGAAAUAUUUACAAAAUUGCUGAAUAUUUUAAUUAAAUAAUUAAUAUUUAAACAAAAAACAGACUUGAGACUAAAUUUAUCAAUGGCCUAAACAUGAGAAACAUGUUUGAUAAAUAUUAUUCAUUGUCUGACAACCCUGAGUGGAAUAUGAGUAAUUCCAGCUGGAUGACCUCCUGGAAAUUCAUUUUCCGUUUAGGGAAUUAUAAGAAAAUAAUUCCUUUCAUCCCCUAAGGGUGUGAGUGCAUGUGUGUCUAUGUGUUUAGGAGCUUAUUAACAAGGAUGUCAUAUAAAUUUAUUGGUUAUCAGAAACCAGAUUUUCAGAUGUAUCGGCCUCCCAGGGCUUUCCAAGAUAACCUUGGAUGAUUUUGAUAAAAGGUUUAGAAUCUGGUAUUUAAAUCUGGCAUAAAAAUAAAUCCAUAUUUGUAUGAUCCUAGUUAUGACCAAGUUCCUUUAACAAUUUAGACAUUUACUGUAUGAUAUAUGUAUUUGGUUUUAAAAUUUCCCUAAGAAACAACUGAAGAUUCUGGAUUCAAAUUAUGGAGAGGUUAAACAAGGAAAAAAAUUGCAAAACAAUGAAAAAGAAUAUGGCUUUAUUUGCAUACUAACAUAUGAGAAUUCAGUUUUCACUUCAACAUCAGUAUAAAAAAAUUCAGCAUGUAGCAGGGACAGAUAGUAUUUGAAGAGGAGUGAAUUUGAGCUGUUUUGAGAAUAACAAUGUUUUCUAUUUCUAUGAAGACAGCUUUGAACUCAUCCAUUAGCAUAUGCUGGUGCUUUCCUGUUGACAUUAGUCACAGAAUUUAAAGGCAGAAAAUGUUAUUGCACAUUUAGUAAUCAAGUGUUUAUCGAAGUUAACGUUUGGAUAUUAAGGGUAUCAGAACCAGUGUUAUUAAGACUGCAAUUUUUUUCUUUUUGUCUGUUCAAACAUGGUAUAUUUUCUGCUCAUCAUUUUAUCAAUUCUGGUAGUGUUUGCAUUUGUUCUCAGAAAUUUUUCCAAUGACUUCAUAGCUCUAGUAAAUGUCAUUGACUGGGUUAAGACAUGAAAGAUUUCCUCAGCUGACCAAAUUCUUACUGCUGUGGUGGUCUCCAGAAUUGGUUUACUCUGGGUCAUAUUAUUACAUUGGUAUGCAAAUGUGUUUAAUUCAGCUUUAUAUAGUUCAGAAGUAGGAAUUGUUGCUUCUAAUAUCUCAGCAAUAAUCAACCAUUUCAGCAUCUGGCUUGCUGCUAGCCUCAGCAUAUUUUAUUUGCUCAAGAUUGCCAAUUUCUCCAACCUUAUUUUUCUCCACCUAAAGAAGAGAAUUAAGAGUGUUGUUCUGGUGCUACUGUUGGGUUCCUUGGUAUUUUUGAUUUGUAAUCUUGCUGUGAUAACCACGGAUGACAGUGUGCGGACAAAAGAAUAUGAAGGAAAUGUGACUUGGAAGAUCAAAUUGAGGAAUGCAAUACACCUUUCAAACUUGACUGUAACUAUGGUAGCAAACCUCAUACCCUUCAUUCUGACCCUAAUAUGUUUUCUGCUGUUAAUCUGUUCUCUGCAUAAACAUCUCAAGAAGAUGCAGCUCCAUUCCAAAGGAUCUCAAGAUCUCAGCACCAAGGUCCACAUAAAAGCUUUGCAAACUGUGAUCUCCUUCCUCAUGUUAUAUGCUAUUUACUUUCUGUGUCUAAUCACAUUAACCUGGAAUCUUUGGACACAGCAGAGCAAACUUGUAUUCAUGCUUUGCCAAACUCUUGUAAUCAUGUAUCCUUCAUUCCACUCAUUCUUCCUGAUUAUGGGAAGCAGGAAACUAAAACAGAAGUUUCUUUCAGUUUUGUGUCAGGUCACAUGCUUAGUGAAAGGACAGCGACCCUCAACUCCAUAGAUUCACAAGGGGAGCAUCGUGUGUCUUUUAGCAGAAAACAAAGUGAUGGUGUCUUGAACAUUUUAUAUUUCUAUCAGUUUUUCCAUAGUGUAUGUGAGUAAUUUCAGAAUAGAUACCUAUAAAAGUCUUACAUAUUAUAUAUGGUUGUAUAUGUGUGUAUAUGUGUGCAUGUGUAUAAAUAACAACAUUGAUCAUAAAUUAUGAAGCUGAGUAUAUUUCACAUAUAUAAUGUAUGUGUAUUUUAUUAUAGUUCAUUGUAUAAUAUUUCAUUUGAAGAUUUUAUUCUCUCUUUUUAUAAUUGGGAACUUACAGCUUUUAUCAGGAAAUUAUUGCUGUUUUCCAUUGCAAUUAGUACCACAUAUAUGUACUUAACUAUCAUUGGUGAACCCCUCAUUGUUUGGAUGGUAAAGAAGUUCAAUUCUAAAUCAAUGAUGAGAAUGUAUCUUUGGGGUAGGUUUUAUUUCAUUAGGAAUUCUUAUUUUAUGUUUAGUAGAAAGCAAAUAGAAUUGUUAGCUAA